AUGUACAAGAAUACCAAGUACCUGGUCCCUCUGCCGACGCCGGUGGUGGGCAAGCACUUCUUCACGUGCCCACUUGAUGGCCCGUCAAAGACUUCCACUUCGAGUCCUGCUGUCCGUUUCUUGCACCCGAGUCUGCCGUCCUUUCUUGCACUCGAGCCUGUCGUCGCCGUCCGUUUCUCGCACCCGAGUCUGCCGUCCUUUCUUGCACUCGAGCCUGUCGUCGCCGUUCGUUUCUCGCACCCGAGCCUGUCGUCGACGGCAUGCCGUUCCGAUAGCGUACCGUCCAUCGAUCCGCCCACGAUCCGCCCACGAGACGAUGCCGGCGGCCGGCGGCCACGGUUCUCCUCGACCGCCGCGGCGCCUCGCCACGCCGUAUCCAUGUCGGCCGACUUCUGGGCCGGCUACGUGAGCGGUGCCCUCGGCAUCGUCGUCGGCAACCCGCUCGACAUCAUCAAGGUCCGACGGCAGGCAUCGUCGCCCUCCCCUCUGCCCCGCCACGCUCGAGGCCUGGCGGCGAGGCUGACGACGGGCAUCGCCGCGCCGACGCUCGGCUACGGCGCCCUCAACGCCCUGCUCUUCGUCUCCUACAACCGGUCCGAGGCGGCCCUCAACCGGCUCCUGUCGACGCGGCGCAGCCUCCUGGCCACCUGGCUCGCCGGCGCCCUCGGCGGCCUCUCCAUCUGGGUCGUGAGCACGCCGACGGAGCUCGUCAAGUGUCGCGCCCAGACGGCCUCGCCCGCCCUCUCGAGCUGGGCCGUCGCCCGGCAGAUUGGCCGCAGCCACGGCCUCGGCGGCUUCUACCUUGGGGGUCUCGUCACGGCCCUCCGAGACAGCAUCGGCUACGGCUUCUACUUCUGGUCGUACGAGCUCGCCACCCGCAGCUGGCCCGCCUCGCCGGCCUCCUCUCGGCCGUCCUCGUCGCUCGCCCACGACGCGCCCAAGGUGCUUCUCUGCGGAGGCCUCGCCGGCAUUGCCACUUGGGUCAGCAUCUUCCCCCUCGACGUCGUCAAGACGAGAGUCCAGGCCCAGGGCGAGCGAGGCGAGCGUUCGGGCGCCCUGACGAUUGCGAGGGAAGCGUACCGUCGGCACGGGCCCGAGGUCUUCUUCCGCGGCUUGGUCGCCUGCAGCGUCCGCGCAUUCGUCGUCAACGCCGUACAAUGGGCCGUUUACGAAUGGAUCAUGCGCGAGAUGGGACAUGGCCAAACGACCGUGGCAGCGUUCGACACGGCACCCGCACCCGCACCCGCAGCCGUGCCCGUGCCCGUCGAGUGGAAAUGA